UCACAAAUCUUCUACUUCAACUAGUAACUGAUACCAUGAAUCAAUCCCUUUGUCUCUGCAUGUCUCCUUUCUCUUAAACCUGCAAAAGACCACCAUGCUUUCCUCCACCUCCUCUGCCGCCGGCGGCUGUUUCUUCUUCCUUUUAUGGUGGUCAUUUUCAUCAUGUGAAGCACUUCAAGUUCCUAAUCGUAGGCUCCUCCAUGAACCAUACUCCACUCUUUCCUCUGAACCACCUUCUCUUCCACCUCCUCCAUCUCCACCCAACCCCAAAUACACUUUAUCUUCCUCCGCCGCCACUUCUCCUCCAGGUUCCCCAUUUUUCCCUUCCUUCCCUUCCGCUCCUCCGCCUCCUCCUCCUUCCACUUUCGCUUCGUUUCCCGCCAAUAUUUCCUCCCUUGUCAUCCCUCACACUCCCACCCCCAAACAUAAUUCCCAGAAACUCGUUAUCCUUGCUAUCGCCGCCGUCGCUUCCGCCUCCAUUGUCGCCGCUAUUAUCGUUUUUGUCUAUUGUAGACAACGUGGGCCGAGACGUGACUGCUUUGAAGAUAACAAGACCGUAACGUCGGAUAAUAGCAGUAGGGCAUGCCAGUACAACCACAAUGACAAUAACAAUAAUAACAAUACCGCCGGUGCUCGUAAGGUGAGAACAACGUCGACGACCAGUUCCGAGUUCCUUUAUUUGGGAACUGUGGUGAACUCACAAGGCCGGUUCGACGACGGUUCCGGUGACUCUCCGGGCAAUGACGAGUUAGAUCAGACAAAAAUGUACUCUCCGGAGCUCCACCCAUUGCCGCCUCUGUCCCGACAGAACACCGGUCGGAACUGUCGGGACGGUGUAGUAGAGUCCGGUACAGAAGAAGAAGAUGAUGAUGAUGAAGAAGAGGUGUUUUAUUCGCCGAGAGGGUCAUUGGGCGGGCGUGAUAGUUCGACCGGAACCGGAUCCGGGUCAAGAAGGGUCUUCACGGCGGCGAAAACCAUUGAAUCUAGUAGUACUUGUUCGUGUUCAUCUUCCAGUUCGGGUUCUCCGGCCAGGUCUCGUUCACUUAGUAUUUCCCCGCCGGCUAGUUUUAGUUCCCGAUGGCCCGACCCGAAAUCUCCACAACUCGUGCAAACUCAAGCUUCACCGGAGAGGAUUUUAAUUGAUUCACCACGAGUUUCAAAUGCAUCCAUUAAUGGAACCAUACGGUCUCCAUCGUUGUCAUUGAUCUCCACAUCACCAGAUAGAGUGUUCAUAAGAGAAUCAAACGAACCAAACAUGGAACCUCCUUCACCGUCCCCGGCAUUGGUUGAAAACCCUGAUUCAUCAUCACCUUCACUGUCUUCUCCAAACAGAGUGUUGAUCGAAAAGCUCGAUGAAUCGAUUAAAAACUUCAAGGAUUUCGUUCAAAACAUGAAAGCUCCAUUGAUUUUAGCUUCACCUGGUACUAAAGACUCUCAAAGCAACGAUCCUUCAGUUUGUUCAGCUUCUACAUCCCCAGACAGAGCUUUAAAUUCACCAUUGUUAAACAGAGCUUUCGAGGAAAGCCCAGAAAUGUCACCAUUGAAGCCUGAUUUUUACAGUAAAGCCCCUUCUUUAUCAUCUUUGGCUUCUUCAUCACCAGAAAGAGUUUUAGAAAAAAGCCCUGAAUCAUCUCCUUUAAGACUUAACAAAGCUUUACAGAAACCUAUCUUAUCUCCACCGCCUCCUCCGCCACCUCCUCCACCUCCAAAGCAACGACGGCUCUGGGAAAAACCAGUUCCAUCAGUAUCUUUUGCACAACAAACAUCAAAGCCGCUGCCUCCAUUAACACCCUCUUCAACACCGUUUAUAAUGGAAGAACAGGAGGAAGGUUUAAAACCCAAGUUAAAGCCAUUACAUUGGGAUAAAGUACGAGCUAGCUCUGGUCGUGAAAUGGUGUGGGAUCACCUUAGAUCAAGCUCAUUCAAGUUGAAUGAAGAGAUGAUCGAAACACUAUUCGUCGUAAAUCCGAACUCGAAACCGAAUCAAACGACACCGCGGUCCGUUCUUCCAUUACCAAACGAAGAGAAUAGAGUAUUGGAUCCCAAAAAGGCACAGAACAUUGCAAUUUUAUUGAAAGCACUCAAUGUGACAUUGGAGGAAGUUUCUGAAGCACUUUUAGAAGGUAAUCUAGAUACACUUGGGACUGGAUUUCUUGAAAGUUUAUUGAGAAUGGCACCAACAAUGGAAGAAGAAUGUAAAUUGAAGGAGUAUAAAGAUGAUUCACCUGUUAAGCUCGGUCCAGCUGAGAGAUUCUUGAAGAUGGUUCUCGAUAUACCCUUUGCAUUUAAACGGGUCGAUGCGAUGUUGUACGUAGCUAAUUUCGAGUCUGAAGUUGAGUACCUUAAGAACUCUUUCGAAACUCUAGAGGCGGCUUGUGAUGAACUGAGAAACAGUAGGAUGUUUUUGAAGCUGCUAGAGGCAGUACUCAAGACCGGGAACCGGAUGAAUGUCGGGACGAAUCGGGGCGAUGCACAAGCCUUUAAACUCGAUACACUCCUUAAACUUAUUGAUGUCAAGGGUGCUGAUGGUAAGACAACACUCCUACAUUUCGUCGUGCAAGAAAUCCUUAGAGCCGAGGGUGCUCGUCUUUCGAAUACCAACCAAACACCAAACUCCACUUUAACCGAAGAUGCUCGGUGUAGAAAACUCGGUUUACAAGUCGUUUCAGGUCUUAGUUCAGAGCUCACCAAUGUUAAAAAAGCAGCUGCAAUGGAUUCAGAGGCACUCAGUAGUGAUGUCUCCAAGCUUUCUAGAGGCCUCGAAAACAUCAGUGACGUCCUACGGUUAAACGAAACAAUGGGGUUGGAUGAGAGCAAAGAGAAAUUUUCGGAAUCAAUGAACCAGUUUAUGAAAAUGGCUGAACAGGAAAUCCCAAGGAUUCAAGCACAUGAAAGGCUAGCACUAUCACUAGUCAAGGAGAUUACUGAAUACUUCCAUGGGAAUUCAGCAAAGGAAGAAGCUCAUCCCUUUAGAAUCUUCAUGGUGGUGAGGGAUUUCCUUACGGUUCUUGAUCGAGUCUGUAAGGAAGUGGGGACGAUAAACGAACGAACCAUUGUUAGUUCUGCGCAUAAAUUUCCAGUCCCAGUGAACCCAAUGAUGCAACAAACAUUCCCAGUUCCAGUAAAUCCAAUGAUGCAACAAGCUUUUCCUGGAUUUCAAGGGAACCCACACUAUGAUUCUGACGAUGAAACUGCACCAUCUUAGUCAUUUGCAGCUUAAAAUCAGGUCAAAAACGAACUAGGACACGCGAUUUUUCUAUGUCAGACACGAAUAUUUCAAGAAAAAGGAAGAGGUGAUUGGCAUGUUAGGUGUUUGUAAUUUAUCAUUUUUCUUAUUUUUCCAUAUUUGUAUAUAGAUUCAUGUACAAUAUUUUGGGAACACUUUAUGUUUUAUAGAUCUAAUGUAGGAGAGGCUAAAUUUAGAAAAUUUAUUAUGAUGAUGAUCAAAAAACAAAAUUAUUACCA